AUGUUGUUUGCUGGCACUGACAGUGCCAUGGCAGGUCAUAACAAAACUAGUGCACAAAAGCAAAACUACAAGUGUGUACAAAGCCUUGUAUGGUUAUACAUAGAAGGCCUUGAUUAUAACUGGUUGGGGUGAUAAGCAUACAGUUAGGGAUUAUCAGUCAUUUUAAAUCUCUGAAAUGCUAUGUCAACAUAGGAACAUUCAAAGGGAUAAGUUUGACUCCAGAAAUGGCACUUGAACCAAAUGUGAAUGAAUAAACCCUCUCCAUGUAGUUGUAUACUCUCUCCAUCUAGAUUCUCUCCAUCUAGAUUCUGGGGACUGUGGGAGCAAGGGAGGAGGAGAUCAGGGGGUGUGGAUGAUGAGGGGAAAGAAACUCAGAACAGUUACCAACAACUCAGCUCUGAAAAUGGACGUGCAGCAUGGUCCUAGAAUACGUGCCGUAUUUCAUUUAUUCAAGAUGAGUUGGAUGUCCUCACUCUUUCUGGCCGCAGCCUUUCUGGACCUCUGUAGGGGACACAACACUUUGUUUGAAGGUAGGAAAAUAAGCAAAAUGAAGCUAUGACACAAUCAAAUAUGCUCUAUUUUCCGGCUACCCGGAUAAAGCACUAAAUAAACUUCAGUUAGUGCUAAAUACGGCUGCUAGAAUCCUGACUAGAACCAAGAAAUUUGAUCAUAUUACUCCAGUGCUAGCUUCCCUACACUGGCUUCCUGUUAAGGCAAGGGCUGAUUUCAAGGUUUUACUGUUAACCUAUAAAGCGUUACAUGGGCUUGCUCCUACCUAUCUUUCCGAGUUGGUCCUGCCGUACAUACCAAUACGUACGCUACGGUCACAAGACGCAGGCCUCCUAAUUGUCCCUAGAAUUUCUAAGCAAACAGCGGGAGGCAGGGCUUUCUCCUAUAGAUCUCCAUUUUUAUGGAACAGUCUGCCUACCCAUGUGAGAGACGCAGACUCGGUCUCAACCUUUAAGUCUUUACUGAAGACUUAUCUCUUCAGUAGGUCAUAUGAUUGAGUGUAGUCUGGCCCAGGAGUGUGAAGGUGAACGGAAAGGCUCUGGAGCAACGAACAGCCCUUGCUGUCUCUGCCGGGCCGGUUCCCCUCUCCACUGGGGUUCUCUGCCUCUAACCCUGUUGCAGGGGCUGAGUCACUGGCUUGCUGGUGCUCUUUCAUGCCGUCCCUGGGAGGGGUGCGUCACUUGAGUGGGUUGAGUUACUGACGUGAUCUUCCUGUCUGGGUUGGCGCCCCCCCUUGGUUUGUGCUGUGGUGGAGACCUCUGUGGGCUAUACUCGGCCUUGUCUCAGGAUUGUAAGUUGGUGGUUGAGGAUAUCCCUCUAGUGGUGCGGGGGCUGUGCUUUGGCAGAGUGGGUGGGGUUAUAUCCUUCCUGUUUGGCCCUGUCCGGGGGUUUCUUCGGAUGGGGCCACAGUGUCUCCGGACCGCUCCUGUCUCAGCCUCCAGUAUUUAUGCUGCAGUAGUUUAUGUGUCGGGGGGCUGGGGUUAGUUGGUUAUACCUGGAGUACUUCUCCUGUCUUAUCCAGUGUCCUGUGUGAAUUUAAGUAUGCUCUCUCUAAUUCUCUCGUUCUCUCUUUCUCUCUGAGAACCUGAGCCCUAGGACCAUACGUCAGGACUACCGGGCAUGAUGACACCUUGCUGUCCCCAGUCCGCCUGGCCUUGCUGCUAUUCCAGUUUCAACUGUUCUGCCUGCGGUUACGAAACCCCUACCUGUCCCAGACCUGCUGUUUUCAACUCUUAAUGAUCGGCUAUGAAAAGCCAACUGAGAGACCUGAGCCCUAGGACCAUACGUCGGGACUACCGGCCGUGGUGACUCCUUGCUGUCCCCAGUCCGCCUGGCCUUGCUGCUAUUCCAGUUUCAACUGUUCUGCCUGCGGUUAUGGAACCCCUACCUGUCCCAGACCUGCUGUUUUCAACUCUUAAUGAUCGGCUAUGAAAAGCCAACUGAGAUUUAUUCCUGAUUAUUAUUUGACCAUGCUUGUCACUUAUGAACAUUUUUGAACAUCUUGGCAUGGUUCUGUUAUAAUCUUCACCCGGCACAGCCAGAAGAGGACUGGCCACCCCUCAGAUAAUGUGUAUGCUCUACUGUUUAUUACCAUGUUCCAUGAUAUCUUUGUAAAUAUGUUUUAGUGAUUCUUAAACCAGAUGCCCUAUGCAAAUUAUUCAAUUUCUUAUACUGUACCUGCAUUGAUACUGUGGGCACUCCUUGGCUGCGGGCACUCCUAUGAAUGCUCGCUGUUGUGGAAAUGAAAACCUGUUAUGUGUACGUGUUCAUAUAUUCUGUUAUUUAUGCAACAUUGAUCUGCAAAUACUUAUUUUCCAAUAUUAUGUAUUUGUAACUGUUGUUUUGGAAUGCCCUGCACAUUUGUCUUAGAUUCUGCAAACAUAAAAAACAUGGAUUGUCUCCAUUAGAUAUAUAAUAUAACUAUUCCUUUAUUUCAGGAUAUGACCUGUCUAUGUCCAGCUACCACCUGUGUACUGGACAUGAGAGCAGGGUGGUGAGUAAAGUGUUGUCCUAUAAGACCUCUUACGCGGACAGGAGGUCAUGUGGCGGCUGGCUACCCUGGAAGAUGUGUGAGGUCACUCUUUACAAAAAGGCCUAUCGGACUGAGUACAUGAAUGUCACCAAAGACGUUUUGAGGUGUUGUGAUGGCUAUGAACAAGUGGGCAGCUACUGUGCUUUACGUGAGAAAUCUAUCUUGUAUUUUAGGAUUUAUUUAACAUGAAAAUAAAAUAUGUUUAGGAGAGCACAGAAGUAUCUAAAAAGUGUAAAAAAUAUAUUUAACAGUUUGGUCAUUUUCACAAUUUACAGUACAUCAGUACCAUGGGCCUGCCCUACUACAAUAAGGACCAGUAGUCAUGCAGACCCAUUUAAAUGGAGCAGCUAACAAAGAACACUAGAUGGGGCUGUGGACCAAGAACACAGUUAUAGUUUGCUAUUUACAGUGCUCUUUGUAAACAUUUGAUCUGAUACUCUUUCUCUCUCUCAUUGAUUAAGCUAUGAACAGAAGUGGAGAGUUCACUGCUAAACCAGGGUCCUGUCCAGAGGGUGUAGUGGAGGCACACAGGAGUGGAGGGUGUGAAUAGGACUUAGACUGCCCAGGCUGGCAAAAGUGCUGCCAGAGAGAAGGCCUCUCUCUCUGUACUGACCCUCAGUCUGCAGGUGAGUACACAUCCCAGAUCAACUUUAUAGUGAUCAAAGAUAUACAGGUAAAUGCGAAAAUAAAGGAAACACCAACAUAAAGUGUCUUAAUAGGGUGUUGGGCCACCAUGAGCCAGAACAACUUCAAUGCACUUUGUCAUGGAUUCUAUAAGUGUCUGGAAGUCCAUUGGCAGGAUGAGACACCAUUCUUUCAUGAGAAAUUUCAUAAUUUGGUGUUUUGUUAAUGGUGGUGGAAAAUGUUUUCUCAGGCGCUGCUCCAGAAUCUCCCAUAAGUGUUCAAUUGGGCUGAGAUUUGGUGACUGAGACAGCCAUGGCAAAUGGUUUACAUCGUUUUCAUGCUUAUCAAACCAUUCAGUGACCACUCGUGCUUUGUGGCUGGGGGCAUUGUCAUGUAUAUAGUACAGUGAUAUGAUAUGUAUAGUCACUGUAUAGUACAGUCACAGAAAAUUAUAUUGUAAACAUACUAGUAUUCUUUAUUAUUUCACUCAGGCAGUAGAGGCUGGUGCUUCCACGUCAUUGUGACUGCGAAGACAGAUUACCAGCGGCUGAUAUCCAUGGAUGGGGGAAUCCUGAACCACACAAGGCUGUUGCACUCUGUGGUAGGUUACUGUAUCUCUCCCUAUGUUCUUCUCAAUGACGGUCCAUUAUAUAGUCCCUAUAUUUCUCACUGUAUGUGCCCAGUACAGGCCUUGACCAUUCAGUAUUGGCUUACAGGUGACUGGAGCGCUGGACUUCUAUGACGUCUCUGUAUACUACAUCAGCUCCUGGCCAAUAGGACCAUUUAGAACCACCUCCUCUCUGCUGAUUGGUUCCCCUGAAACUCUGUCCCUGUCCAACACGAUCACAAAGCUGCACCUUCUUCUCAAACACAUUGAAGAAGUCACCUCGGUGUCAGUUGAAGGUAAGGGGAGACUGUACUGUACUGUGGGGCGUAAAAUACACAGGCUUUUCUGUAAUACCGAGGGCCAUAUACAUCUCUAUUGUAAGUGAGUGCCAUAUAUCGCUGGUCACAUCUGUCAGUUAGUUUGUUAGACUUUGUUAGGUUUUCUGGUGGCUAUAAUGAUGUAUGUGUUAGAGUUGUACUCGUGUUACUGAGAACACUGCUCAGGAAAAGCUGAAUCUGUAACACCACGGUGACCUACUCUGCCUCCACUUCCCCUUCACACUCACUUGUGACAUGUUUCCUCUGGAAUGGAAAACUGGUCAUUGACACACACACACACACACACACACACACACACACACACACACACACACACACACACACACACACACACACACACACACACACACACACACACACACACACACACACACACACACACACACACGCACUCGCACUCGCACUCGCACACGCACACGCACACGCACACGCACGCACACACACACACACACACACACACACACACACACACACACACACACACACACACACACACACACACACACACACACACACACACACACACACACACACACACACACACACACACACACACACACACACACACACACACACACUCACAAACACACACACAUGUAUAAUGUAGGUCCUGUACACAGUAUCUACUACACAUUAUGUUGCUGUCCUUUCAGAUAUGAAUGAGUGUACCCAUGCCGCUCUCAGCAGCUGCUCACGUCAGGCAGACUGUACCAACACAGAGGGCUCCUACAGCUGCACCUGCCAUCCAGGAUUCAUUGAUCUCAACCUCAACAACACAGGGGUACGCUGCCAAGGUAAGGACAGGGAGUGGUGUGUACUUACUCUGGGUUAUAUGAAAUUAUUGUAAAUAUUUAAAUGUUUGUAGCUAACACUCAACCUAUUCGUUCUCCUUUCAGCUGCUGACCCUGUGACCUCAGCCAUGCCCAGUAAUGCCACUCAUAUGUUCCGGUGGGCCAAUGCUACAGAGUUGCCACCCAACAGCACCAGCUAUCAGUCUUGGGUCUCCAGCUUUACUGAAACCCAACAGCCAUAG